AUGUCAGACUUAAAAGAAACCCAUAAUCUGGAGGAUUUGUCACCAGUGGAGAUAGACACUGUUAUGACUACGAAAUCUCGACUUCCAGAAUUUGAUCGUAGUGAUCCUGAGUUGUGGUUUGCUCAACUCGAGCAUUAUUUCACGAGACACAAUAUCAAAUCUGAAGGGAUUCGCUAUAGAGAUUUGUGUUCUAUCCUUCCUCCUUCAGUCGCCAAAGAAGUCCGUGACUUGAUUUUAGAUCCACCAUCACCACAACCGUACACCGUCUUAAGACGAGAGAUAAUGAACCGUUUAUCAUUAUCAGAUAGUCAAAGAAUCCAAAGACUUUUUCAAGGUGAAACACUAG